GCCCAUCUAGGCUGCCUGACCUGUCGCGCACGCAAGGUGAAGUGCGACGAGACACAUCCACUUUGCAACAAUUGCCGCAACCUGGAUGUGGAGUGUCAAUGGGGCCAAGGAUCCAGACGACAGGGAUCUACUGCAUCUCUUUCCGAUCAAGCCGGUCGACCCUCCGAUCCACAGACCAGAGCCGGGCCCCGUUCUCCCGCGUGCUUUACCUGUCGCUACGCCCGGUCCAGAUGCUCCAAGACCCGCCCGUCGUGCACCCGCUGUGCCAUCUACGGCCACGAAUGCAGUUACCCCGAGACGAAUAAGGGACGGUCGCUGACGUCCUCUGCCCAGUCCUUGAUGCAAAGACUUCGAAGUAGUCGCUCACCGUCGCCUGCCAUCUCCUUGGAAGAUGAGUCGAGAACCAUUGCUCCUGUCUAUGACCGUGCUAUGGUAUCUCCCCCCGAGCUUCCCAGCGACGAGAGCCGUGUCGGGUUCAGUUAUGAAACAAUACAGGAGAAUCUGGUGAUGAACACUGGCUUGCUCAACACAUGCAAUGGGUUGGAUGUGUUUGGUCCUGAUACUGUUCACAACGUUUUGUUGCCGACCCGUUCCGACUCAAUACUCAACUCCGCUAGUCCCAGUAAGACGCAAGCGGACAGGUCUCAUCAACCCGCUCAAAUCAAUCUGCCUAGCCAGGAUCGACUGGAGCGUCUUGCUGUGGCUUUCUUUCUUCACGUUCAUGUCUAUCGCGCCAAUGCGUUUCUCCACCGAGACCGAACGCUCACUGCCAUCCGCGAUGGAACCUUAUCCGCGGCGAUUGUCCUCGCUCUCUGUGCUGUUGGGGGGAGAUUCUCCUUUCCUCCGGAGUCUGAAGAGACAGUGAUGGCCUGGGCAACAGAUGCAGGUGUUCAAAUCAUAGCAUCGACGGACGUAAACAGAGACAACAUCGCGGCUUCCCUUCUGCUAACCAUCUAUUAUCAACAGGCGGGUCAGUUUGCACGAUCCCAUCUCUGGUCCGGGAUUGCCAUUAACCAGGCAAUUACCCUCGGCCUGCAUCGCGAAGCCCCACUAAGAAAUCACACCUUCGUCGAGAGCGAACGCGAUCGACGGAUAUUCUACGCAUGUUACGCGAUGAGCCGGCUCAUAUCCAACGGCGCACCGGAGUCGAUUCAGUGCCCCUCGUCUCGCAUCAGGCUCAAGCUACCGUGCGACGGCUUCAACUACCGGAUGGAUGUUUCUGUGGAAACACCAUACGCCCAGUUGGAGGAGGCCGAGGGGCCCUCAGGGUCAGCUGACACCCACCAAUGCGUGGGAGCCAUAGGGUUUUGGGUGCGCUUAGUCGGGGUCCGAACUAUGACUCGGCGAUACUUUCACACCCUCACCGAAAGCCAACAGCAGCAGCAGCAGCAGGAAAGCGACACACGAGCAGUGUCCGGGGGUAACCAAAGAUGCCCCAUGAUAUUACCGUCAUUAGCACCGUGGAGUCCCAGUUCCCCGUAUGCAGCAUGCAUGGCCAAGCUAGCCGUCAUCCGAGAGUCGCUACCUAUCAGGUUCCAGCUCUCCCGCGAACGCGUCGCGCAGCUCGCCGAAUCUCCCGUCCUCGGCCAAAUCGUGCUGUUCUACCUGUGGUGGAACAUAUGCCACAUUGAACUAUGCAGCAUGGCGUUGACGGGGUACGCGCAAUCGUUGGACGAGGAUACUCUCGCUGCCGCUCCGGAUGGCUGGGUCCAACAGACGCGCCAGAAAUGCUUGCGGCAUGCGCAGGCUAUAACUGAUGUGCUGGAACUCCUUGAUCGGGAGCUAUCGGGGCAUCCGCUGACGAUCUACGACCAUACCAUCGCGCAUGUAGUUUACCUGUCCCUUCGAGUGCAGUUGGAAGUCGGACUCGUAGAGGAUGAGAUCCCGUCUCGGUUGAGGAACCGAUUUGAGAUGAUGCUCGCGUUUGUGAAACGAACAAGUACCUAUUUCCGAUCGGUUCAGCUUGUGGUGAGAUUAAGCCUUGCUCAUCCUUGA